CUCAGAUAGAGACCGCAUGAAGUUUCGUUCCCUCCCACAUGCAUCCUUUUGGUAAACACUUUUGCUGCACAUCCAUCCAACUUUAACUAACAGCGCCCGCUGCUACCGCCAUGGGAAGACGACUUCUGUGCGUCUGUUUGUUUGUCUCCGUCAUUUUUAAAGAAGUGCCUGGCUUGAAGAUCAGGAACAAGCUGCUAGGUAAAUGCCUGCAGGUGCAAGAGGGAAAACUGGGUGGUAGAGUAUCACUGGAGGAAUGCAGCCCGUAUUCGUCUUUUCAAGAAUGGCUCUGGAUCCCAGAGAGCCAGGCACUCAGCAGUCAGCACACCCGGGAGUGUUUGACCGCCCCGGGAGAGCAGUACGAAGGGGUCCACCUGCAGCCCUGCGUCUUCAGAGCUGGAAGCAGUGGAGAGGCGGCAGAGGAUCUGAGCAGAGAGGCAAGCAGCCAGGCAAGCAGCCAGGCGUGGGCCUGCUCCAAGAAAGGCCACCUCACUUUGAUAGGGAGAGGGCUGCACCUUAGCGCCUCGCAAGAAUCCGCUUCGGUGUUUCUCUCAAGGGAACAUAAGCAGGGCAGCAGGUGGCGGACACUUGAUAACCAAACGCUGUGCAGUGGGAGAGACGGCGCACACAACCAAAACCAACCCCGCCAAUAUCGGGGAGACCUGUUGAAACUAAAUGAUGACUCCGAUAUAAACAGACAAGCUGAAACAUUGGGAGGUGUGAUGAUCACUGACGUCACAGAACCAUAUCCUGGAAGAGAUGCGACUUAUUCGUCCUCGAGCACCAAAUCCCCUGCAGAUCCCACUAUGGUUUUUUUCACCAUGGACUACGGGAUGGGCUGGAAGAUAACCAUGCUGGUACUCAGCUCUUUGGCUCUGGUUCUGGGGACUGUGAUUCUUAUUCUCAAUGUCUACUCUAACAGACGGAAGAAGGUGGUGUGCGUUCUGAAGUCGUACACUCCGAGACCAGAGGCGAGCGUUCCCGGGUCCCCGGUCGCCAGCGAAAGAGCCCGACUGACAGAGCACGCCAUGCGCCUCCCCCAGUCUACCCCCACUUUACAGCGAGGAGAAAUCCUGAUUGAGUGGAAGGAUGGUACUGUUACUCCUCUGUACGAGGCCUGAAGGUUGUACUAUUUAUGCAGACCUUGUUGUGGUAGUUUGAACAUUCUGGUUUCUUGAGCAGGGGUAUGCAUGCAAUCUGAAAGUCAUGGAAAGAGAGUUAAUAUUGAAGAGAAAAACGAGGGUAAAGUAAUGUCACAUUUUCUGAUCGGUUUCUGUGGUUGGCAGAGAAGAUGGUGUACUUGAUAAGCCAUUGAUAGAAAUGAAGUGAAAAGUUCAUGGCUAUAAGUCAGCUAGUAUGUGGAGCUGUCAGAGUAGAAAAGGGUGAAGCAUGAACUGGACUCAAGUUUUCAAAGGUAUGGAACCUGAAUCCCUCUUGGAUGAAAGGACUGUUAAACGAAGGCAUGCGCAUUCAGACGUAGUUUGUAGACUUUCUGUAAGUACCGUUUAACGGCUUAACAAAGAAUCGAUGAGAAGUCUUUAGUUGGAUAAAUACUUAGGAGCUAAUCUUUGUUUGCCAAGGCUUAAGCCUUGUUACAGAUGACACAGGUGAUGAUGGACACUGCUGCCCUCGCUCCUCAGCUCAGCUCGAAUCUAACGAUGUUUAGGUUUGCGAUUUGUGACACAGUGUCAUUUCCUGAGACUUUAACACAUUUUAGGUCUAUUUCAGGAAAAUGUAGUUGCAGUGGCAAUGCAGCUUUGUUGUGUUGCGGUGCAGCUGCUCGUAGAUGUUUGACGAAAGUUAUUGUCGUAACAUUUCAGGUUUUUUUAGCUUUUACUUAAUGUAUGUAGAGUAGUUAUGAUGUUUCCCCCUUUCCACAAAAUUGAAAUCUUUAGGAAGGGUUAAAACCUGUUCAUUUUGAUUCUUCUACUUACACAAAGUUUUAUUGAUUUAAGUUGCUAAUAAAGUGUUCUUAUAUUCACUUUCCCUGGAGCUUUAGGACUUUAGGACUUCUCAUCCAAGAUAGACCUUAGAGAAAAUGUUUAACUUGUUUAACUUUUAUGUGGAAUCAUCGAUGGACUACUAAUGAUUACGAUAUAUUUGUUACACUUUGGAUUAAAAACUAUAUUUUUGUAACUGUCAAUCAGUCAAUAAAAUACAGUGUACACCUUGA